UAAGCGUUGCUGCUGCAUACAUUUACUGCAUUGAUUGUCGAUCUGCAUGGGCUGAGACUGGGUUAAAAUUACUUUAAGUUUUGACCAAGAUCUGUUGCUAAAUGAUAAUGCAAGAGGAUUUCGUGUUUUGUUUCAUAUUCGAAGGCGAUCGUUGAUAAUCAGGGCAGUAUGUUUGUUGUACCAGUAUAGUGAGGCCGGAGCUCAGCUCAGUCAUAUUCACUUCAGUCAAGCCGGUCAUUUGCAACGCGAGAAUGGGUUAAAACUUUCUUCUGAAGAUGACAACAGCCAAUGAACAAAAUGCAUCUCCCAACAAAGACUUGAACAAAAAGAAAUAAUGUAGUUGUAACAAACAUCAUGGCUACCGCAACACAGAUAGAAGAAAUCCGAGCCACCCUUCAGAGGGGCCUGGAAAACCUUGCCUUAUCAGGGAACCUCAAGCCGCUUCCUUUGAGGCAGCAGGUGGAGCGUCCAUCCUUAAGGACUAGACCCAUUCCGCCUGUAGGAGCCGAGGAUCCCAUCCACACUGGAGGAAAUCAGAUAAAGCAGCCAAGCAACAAAGUCAGUGGAAACAAUCGAUCAAAUCUCAAUGGGUCACUCAGCGACUCCGACCAUUAUCGUCCUGGCAGUGCAAGGGGGCUGUCUGGUAUCGUGUCAACCCCUUUUGCCAAGACUCAGAACAGUAGCCUGAAUGGUGCAAUACGGCAAUCGUCCCUAAACACCAAGCCUCCGACCGGGACACGAGCACGUCCUGGUCGACCCUCAAGCGGAACAAAGCGAAAUCCGCCUGCUAUGAGUGGACGGACUUACCACUCUGCAAACUCUCAAAGCAAGCUUACUGAUACUAAGGUGUCAAGUUCUAUUGGCCGAGGGCGACCUUUGCCCCAUCCGCCUUCGACUAUGAGUCCGACUAGGAGGAAGGAGGUGGUGUCAUCUUUGUCAGGGACUGGAAGUGAACAAAGCAAGAAGAGUGGUAAAACUAGAAAGGACAGUCUGUCUGAAGAUGGAGAAGAAUGGUGUGAUGUGGAUGAGAAUGAAGAAGAACAAUUUGAUCCCCUCAUGAGUGAGCGGAUGCCUGGAGAUGGCGCAUCUUAUGAUGACUUUGAUGAGGAUGACGGUCUAGACGGUUUGGAUGACGAUGGAAUGGAUGAUGGUCUUUCUUGCCUGUAUGAUGAAUCCGAUACAUACUCCACAUAUAGCAUGUCCUCCACAAAGCGUGGAGGCAGCAGUAAAGGUGGGAGUCUCUCUGCCAUCGACGACCUCCUCAAGAAGACGAACGGCAUCGAUACAUCGAUCCUGGGCUCCAAGUCCAAGAGCGAGCGAGUUCUUGAGUUGCUGACGACAGGAACUGACGAUGCCCAGCCUCCUCUGUCGGCAAGUCUCUUCAGCAAGGUUCCACCAACCAUCAACUUUGUUGGGGAUAACCAAACAGUUGUGUCUUUGCCUUGGGAGCUGAGGAAACUGUUGAAAUGGAGGAUGAGUCCAAUCACACCCCACGUUGUCAAGAACUGCAUCGCAAGAUCAGGAUUCAGGGCAACAAAGAAGGCAAAUGAGUGGCUUGGCUAUUGGGGCAAGCAUAUGAAAGCUUCCGGCUUCAAGUCUAUACGAGAGUACCAAAAAGUGAACCACGUACCGGGGUCGUUUCAAAUCGGGCGCAAGGACCGGCUUUGGCGUAACCUGCACCGUAUGCAGCUCCACUACGGCAAGAAGGACUACAACUUUUUUCCGCAGACCUACGUACUGCCCUUUGACCUUAAGCUACUCAAGAGGGCAUGGGAGGACGGAGGUCAGAAGCAAAAGUGGAUCCUAAAACCGCCUGCAUCAGCACGAGGUAUUGGCAUUAGGGUUAUUCACAAGUGGAGCCAGAUACCUCGUAGGAGAGCAGUCAUCGUCCAGCGCUAUCUUGCCAAGCCCUACCUGAUCAACGGGAGUAAGUUUGAUCUACGCAUCUAUGUCUACGUCAGUAGCUACGACCCCCUCCGCAUCUACAUCUUUUCCAAUGGUCUUGCCAGAUUUGCUACCAUGAAAUACUCCUCUUCUAUGAAGAGCCUGUCAAACAAGUUCAUGCACCUGACCAACUACAGCAUUAACAAGAAGAACGCAGACUUCACUCCUAACUCGGAUAGCACGGCAUGCCAAGGCCACAAAUGGAGUUUGAAAGCAUUGUGGGGCUUUAUGCAGAAAGAUGGCGUUGACACUAAUGCUGUAUGGGAGUCUAUCAAAGAUGUGGUUGUCAAAACUAUAGUGUGUGCUGAGUCUCAAGUGAACAGUAUGAUCAAGGCCAACUGUAAAAGUCGUUUCUCCGUCCAUGAACUCUUUGGUUUUGAUAUCAUGCUGGAUGAGAAUCUACGCCCUUGGAUUCUAGAGGUUAAUAUCUCUCCAAGUCUACAUUCCAACGCGGAGCUUGAUGUUCAGGUCAAAGGUGAAAUGAUCAAGGAUCUCCUCAAUAUAAGCAGCUUUAUGAUCCCUGAUAAGAAUGACGUCUUCACUUCAGUGCUACCUCCGAAUGGUAUGACAAAGGUGGACUACAGCGGCGUGAUCAUGAAUAAAAAUCUCUACACCAAUCAUCUAGCCAAGGAUGAACGGGCCAAGCAUGCAUUCUACACACAGAAGCAUAUAGAUGAGCAAUGUAAGAUGUCCAUCCUUGACACGCUGACCCCCGAUGACAUCCGGCACCUGGUCCAGACGGAGGAUGAGUUCAGCCGGCGGGGCGGCUUUGAGCGAGCCUUCCCGAGUCCCACCUCCCAGAAGUACCAUCGGUUCUUUGAGGCUCCUCGCUACUACAACAUCCUCCUUGAUGAAUGGGUGAGGAAGUACCACAGGACACAGGCGAGAGGACUAGCUCUUUUGGAAGAUUACUGUAUGGAGGGGAUACAUCUUGCUACUAACAAGGACGAUAGUCAUACUUGGACUCCAAUCUCGAGCGUGAUAGGAACACGGGAGCCACGUACGUCCAGUGCCCCAUCAUGUAGCUUGCCCAUGCCUGUGCAUCCUUCACUGCAAAAGAGUUCCUCGGCUCAGUCUCUGCCCAAGAUCCGUCGCCGUGGCAGCAAGAUGCGAUCCGUCUCAUCCUCCAGCAGCACCCACUCCCUACCAGGCGGCCGCGCCCUGCCACGCCCGCCCCACUCCCAUCGCAUCCCGGACGGAGGCAGCAGCAACAGCACCACUCCGCCCAGUUGAUGGGGGCAACGCCUGCCCUCCAUGCCCCCGGAACAGAUAGCCUCCCGUCAGUGGAAGCAACCGAAGAAGCUCUCGUCGGCCAGACACACGCCCUCGUUGAGAGCCAGGUACGGAUUCCUGCUGGCCAGCGCCAAGCAGAAUGGGCUUCCACCAGGAGGCAUCCAGCGUAGAUAUCCUCGACGUUUAAAGAGCAUGCCCAAUCUCACCCAGCAACAAGAUAAAUGAAGUCCCAAUGUUUUAAAUCAAUUAUCUUAUAUGCAACCUUUCUUCGCUAUCAGUUUCUCUUGUCUUCUUGAAUAUCUUCUUUUGUAGUGGAAAAGGAGUAAAAUCUUCCAAAGCGUUAACCGUUUGCCAUCAUCAAUGUUUUUUUGUUGUCAUAUAUAUUUUCUUAGUAUUAAUACAUUCUUACAAAAUCAAAAGUAUCAAUGCAGUAAUGUCUCCAGUGAAUAAGUGUGGACAGGUUUACCAUCUCUCUCACAAACCACCCUUUUCUCCUCUUCUCACUUUGCUCAAAUCAAUGUCGACUUUAGAUAUUGAUCUUAUAUACAUUUUUUCUUAUAUUGAGUAUUUGUGUUGUGAUACAUUUGAACUAAUUUGUUCUGCAUCAAGGGUCGGUAACACAAGCCUUGGCGAUUGAUCAUACAGCUGAUUUGCGAAAUAGAUUGCACAUUUACGACCAAUCCAAUGCUACGCUUCCUACUACAACACCCAUUUCUUGGGUUGAGCAUUCCGUAUGUUGCGAGCCGUGGCUUGUAUUCCAUUCUUAAUGUCAAUAAAAAGCCUCCUUAUCAAACUAUUUUCCAUUGCUUCCAUUUUCUACAAAUGAAAUGCUUCUUAUGUCUUUUUGAAUGAAACUGAAUGUGAUCACUUGUUAUCUUCAAUUCCUGAUUGUAUCGAGUUGGUAAUUAGAACUGACACACUUAAAUCAUUAAUUUUGUGACCUCUUUUUUCUAUUUAUAUGAUUCCUGUCAUAUCUUGUCUUUCAUCUUUAUCUGUGUAUUAUG